GAUGUCAAGUGGCCGCCUGCCAGGUAAAUAGUCACCAGAGGAUGCUAGCUAUGCCCAUGUCACACGCGACAAAGGCACAGCAGCAAGUCCCGAAUAACCGGAGCAAAGAUGAAAGCACGCGCUUUAUCGAGGACACUCAGUUGUAGACAUCAGACUGAGAGCCUGUAGCCAUGGAUGGACAUGUGGCCAAAAACAAUGAAAGCACCUUCCCCAGCGUCUUGGAUCUCGAUGACUUUCUCACCAAGCACGACUCAAACUUCAUCUGGCUCCUCGCUGCCACCAUUCUGUCCUGUGGAUGGAUCAUCUAUUUAACUUAUUACAACUCCCGCAACAUCGGCCUCAUCCUCACCCUCAUCAUCAACAGACUGUACAAGGAUGGCUACAUUCACAUCGGCUCCUUCUCUUUCUCUGUGCUGUCAGGAAAAAUCAUGUUCAGAGAUGUCUACUUCAUCAACCAAGACAUGUCUAUCAGGAUACAGGACGGCUUCCUCAUCUUUCGUUGGUGGAAAAAGUAUAACCCAAAGCAGAAACAGCAUGACCCCAAGGCAGAGACCAGGCUUUACGUGACAGUCAACGGCUUUGAGUUUCACGUCUACAACCGCACCGACCUCUACGCCCGCCUGCAGGAGACCUUCGGACUUGACCCCACACUCAUUACGCCUAAUAAAGAUGAGGAGAGGGGACGUGAAGACGGAAGCAAGACCCUGGAAAGUGUGGACAUCAAAGCAGAGAGUCCAGAACCCACGUCGUCUUGGCGCUCCCUCAUUCCUGUCAUCAAAGUUAACAUCAGCACUGGUCGCUUGGCAUUCGGGAACCAUUACCUCCCACAGACUCUGUGUGUGAACUUUGAGGAUGCCUUCCUGACGUACGCCACCAAGCCUCCAUCCAGCCACCUGGACCAGUACAUGCACAUCGUCAAAGGCUCACUGGAAAACGUCCGCGUCAUGCUUGUUCCAAGUCCACGCUACCUGGGCUUGCAGAAUGAUGAACCUCCCAGACUAAUGGGUGAAGGCUUUGUGGUCAUGCAGUCCAAUGAUGUUGACAUCUAUUAUUACCAAGAUGAACCUGGCCUGGUCCCUGUGGAGCAGGAGAAUGUAGAGGAGGCGGAAACAUGCAGUGAGGAAGACAAGCUCCAGGAUUUGCCUCCAUGCUGGGGAUUGGAUAUUGUCUGUGGUAAAGGAACCGACUUCAACUACGGUCCUUGGGCCGAUCGCCAGAGGGACUGUCUGUGGAAGUUCUUCCUUCCUGCUGACUACCAGGCCAUGAAAGUGACAGAGGUCGCCCAGCCAGGAAAACCCAGGCAGAUUCAGGCCUUUGAGCUGCGGAUGAACAUUAUUGCUGACGCCACCAUCGAUCUGCUUUUUACCAAAAAUAGGGAAACCAAUGCCAUCCAUGUGAAUGUAGGUGCUGGCUCCUAUUUGGAAGUCAACAUUCCCAUGACUGUAGGAGAGAACGGCUACUCUCCCACCAUCAAAGGUCAGCUGCUUCAUGUGGAUGCCACCAGCAGCAUGCUGUACAGGACUCUCCUGGAAGCUGAGAUGUUAGCGUUCCAUGUGAUAGCAAGUUAUCCUCGGGUGUGGAACAUGCCUCAGUCGUGGCAAUGUGAGAUCGAGGUUUACAAGGCCACUUACCACUUCAUCUACGCUCAGAAAAACUUCUUCACUGAUCUGAUCCAGGACUGGGCGAGUGACAGUGCCCCAGACAUCUACUCCUUUGUGCCCUAUUCCUGGAAAUUCAAAGUCCUCUUCCACCAGUUUGAGAUGAUCUGGGCAGCAAACCAGCACAACUGGAUUGACUGUUCCACCAAACAGCAGGAGAAUGUUUACCUGGCAGCGUGUGGGGAGACGCUCAAUAUAGACUUCACUUUGCCUUUCAAUGAGUUUGUUCCAACCACCUGCCAUACCCGCUUCAGCUUGAAGGCAGAGGAUACAGACAUGCGACUGUCCCUGCCCGAGUGCCACCCAAGUCGCUACCCUCUUCUCACCCUGGCCAAAGACUACCAGAACAUCAAGCUGCCACCAGACAUGUUCAUGCCUGGGGAGAAUCAAAGUGCUCCACCUCCCAAACCCAGCAAGCCACGCUGGAGGAACAUCACCCACGCUGAAGCUGGCUGGGUGGAUUGUUGGAGUGUCCCCAACUUCAUGCUCAUCAUCGACUACACCUGGCAUCCCAUCUAUCCCCAGAAGGCUGAUGAGCAACUCAAGCAGUCAUUGUCUGAGAUGGAGGAAUCCAUGCUGUCAGCUCUGCGCCCUCCUGAACACACGUCGGUACCCCACAAUGCCCCGCCUCGCUUCAACACGUCAUCUUCAGCUGCUCACGGCCGGCUGCCCACUGACCCCUCUGAACUGCCCCCUGACAGACUUCAUGUGGAGAUGGAAAUGUCACCAGAUUCUCAAAUCAUUCUCUAUGGGCCUCUGCUCAGGGCACUGAUUUCCAUCAAGGAGAACUAUUUUGGUGAGGAUGACAUGUACACAGACUUUGAGGAGGUGGUGAGCAGCCCCGUCUUAUCCACCUCGACCUCCUCGGGCCUCGGCUGGUCUCCUCUGGGCAUGGAGGGUGGCGAGUGUAAAGAAACCUCAGACCUCCAUCCUCUGGACCUGCGACCCUGGGACAUCACUGUGCUCAUCAACCUCUACAAAGUCCAUGGCCGCCUGCCAAUUCACUGCAGCAGCGAGGGUCCCGAAGGUCCGUCCGGCUUCUUGGAGAGACUGUGCUUCGAGAUGAAAAAGGGUUACAAGGAGACGAUGCUUCAGCUGCUCCUGUCUCCCAUUCACAUCUUUGCCAGUGACAACUACCAGCGUCCCACAGCAGACGGGGUCUUGAGGGAUGGUCACCUUAGUCUGUCUGGACUGCAGAUGAGGGCCCACGCCAUGUUCUCUGCUCAGGGUCUUCCUCUGGGCAGUGACACUCUGGAGUACGCUUGGCUCAUUGACAUGCAGGCUGGAGGGCUCACCGGCAGGGUCACUGUUCCACAGGUGGCGAGUAUGAUCGAGUGGGGCGAAACCUUUGUUUUCCACGUUGUUUCGCGGGAGUUUCAACUAGAACAGCCCAAGCCCUCCGUCCUCUGCCAGCACGGUGCUGACCGUCGUAUCUGUGAUGCCAAGAUGAGCUGCCUGCCAGGUCACUGUCGCACAUCAGAGGAGCUGAAGUACACCAUGACACGACUGGCUGUAGAUGCCGUUGACCUCUUCGUUGUUGAGCACGGCUGUGCUGCCAGUGUCAAAACGGGCGUUAUUCAUGUCGCCAACUGCAAUCUGCACAACCAGGCAGUGGGAGAGGGCAUCAGUGCUGUGGUGCAGGACGUAAACAUCCGACAGUACAUCGAACAGCAGCAGCACAGUGACGCGACCAGGCUGCAGCCUGCCGGACAGGGUCAAGGUCCGGGGCAGCCGCUUGGUCUCGGUCAGCCACCUUUGCUGCGACGCUCUGUCUGGCUGGAGGCAGGUUCAGUCAACCUGAACCUCAUCACAGCAGACGUUGCCUUGGCUGCCGACCACCCAGCCAAAUGUGAAGUCCAGAGGCAUUUUCUGGAACUACACGAUGCCCAGAGCAAAAGACUCUGGUUCCUCUGGCCAGAAGAAGCUGGCAUUCGCAACAAGCGCAACAGGAACCGCUGCGGCUGCCUCGGAGGCUGCAGGUUCUUUGGAGGCACCAACUUCGGCUUGGAUUUCUUCAGGCUCGAAGAGCUGACACCGUCAUCCUCAUCUGCAUUCUCCUCCUCCAGCUCUGACUCAGACAUGUGUUAUGGUCAGUCCUUGUUGCAGCCUGGGGAGUGGAUCAUCACAAAAGAGACACCCAAAGUGGAUGGGAGGGUUGUUGGUGUGAAAACAGACACGCACUCACCAUGCCUGCCCCCUGAGCUGCCUGAGAGGAGGGCUCAGCAGCACCUUAGUCUCCAGGUGCCCCAGCGCUCCCACAGCUCUGCCUCCUCAUCUGAAGAAAACAGUUCAUCCAGUGCUGCGCUGCCCCUGCUGGCUGGAGAGAGGGACACUCCCUCACCGAGCACAGAGGAGCGCACGUUUCCCAUGAACAGCAAAAGCCCCGCUGACACCUUAGGAGAAGUCCCAGAAGGCUCCCCAGUCUCACCCAACAGUUCCCAGGACCGCUCCUCGGUGCGCUCACCCCUCUGCUCCCCCCUGAAACGCCAGUCCUCUGUACACUCCGGUCGACUGGGCAGCACCAAGAGCCUCUCGGCGGCCGUCUUCACCGACAAGCCUCCUCCAGUGUUGUCAGGAGGCGUCCAGUUCAGCAGCGAGGUGUCGCGCAGUGAUGAAAACGUCCUGGAUUCACCUCGUCAGCGCAGAAGCUACGGCUCCUUUCCCUUCACACCCUCAGCAGACUCCAACACUUUCCAUCAGUAUCGCUCUGCUGACUCCAGCAUGUCCGUGGCUGACAGUGAGGCCUACUUCUCCGCCACUGAAGACUUUGAGCCAAUCAGCAGCGCUGAUGAGGGUCCGGGGACGUACCCGGGCCGCAAGAAGAAGAGGAGGCAACAGAUGCAGCAGCCUCAGCAGCCCCCGUAUCACAUGGAGAACUACAGUCGGAGCUCCAUCUACCACAGUGUUGAGGGACCUCUCACCUACGUUCUCAAUGGGGAGUUGAUCACUGAGCCCCGUCCCCUGCCUCUGCUGCCCACACUGCCCCCUCUCCCGCCCCACCCCCUGCCCAGCCACACAUCCCAAGCCUCUUUCGUCUCCGCUCUGGCCAUGGAGGAGGAGAGCUCAGUGGAGGCGGAGAAGACGGCUGAACCCGGACCGGUCACCCGACAGCCUCACGUCAUGGCGUGCUACCAGAGCUACCUAGCUCAGUACCAUGUCUCAAAUUGGUCGGUCAAGCAGCCCACUAAUAAGAGGACCUCCAAGUCUUCACUGCACCGCCCAUUAGAUCUGGACACGCCCACCAGUGAGGAGAGCUCCGCCUCCUUUGACCAGCUCUCUGUGCCCACCUUUAAGGUGGUGAAGCAGGGCCUUUCAGCCAGUUCUCUGCUCGACAGAGGAGUUCAGGUCAUAGGAGAAACCAACAGUGCUCCGUACACUCCCCUGGAUAAGAGAGCCAUGGAGAACACCGACGAGGACACGACGACAGAAGACUGGAGUCUGGAGCAGCCUUUAGCUCAGACCAGAACCACUGCCAUUGUGGAGGUGAAGGGAGCCAUCAAUGUGGUGCUCACGCCCCUUGUGGCUGAAUCCCUGGACAGGUACAUCGAGUCCAUGGUUCACUUUGCCAGCGUUCGACACCCAGCAACCAUUCUGGACGACCUGCACGGGAAAGUCCUCAAUGAAGCCUAUCAGAUCAGCAAGUCCACAGUCACAGAGUCUAGCCAAACCGGCAAGCAGGAGCACAAGCUGUCCAAGACAGAGGGCACGACCCCUGGCUCCAUCAACAUCCCCCAUGGGCAGACAGACUUGUCCAUCAAACCAGAUAAUGUGAAAAUCAAGGGCCUUCAAGCCAACGUUUCCAUCCCCAAGGUGAACCUCUGCCUCCUGCAGGCUUCUGUCGAGGAGGGGUCACCGUCCUGCUCCACUAAGUGUGUCACACACGUGUCACUUGUGGCGCUUUGCUUCGAAAGGAUUGCUACUCAAUUCAGAAUGAACAGGGGAAUUGUCGAAGAGACCCCCAACACCACAGAACAUGGCCGACCCUCUGUCAUGUUGGAGAAAUAUGCCUCGGCCACCAAGAUGCAGCCUCAGUCAUCUGGCUCUCUGCGCUCCAACGCCGGCAUCGAGAAAGGCAAAGAGAUCGCCGCCAGGCUCAACGUCCACCGUAUCCACAGUCAGCUUCGAGGCCUGGACACCACAGACAUUGGCACAUGUGCCAUCACAGCCAUCCCCUUUGAGAAGUCCAAAGUACUGUUUGGCCUGGAGGAAAUGGAUGAUUUCGCAAUGGUCGAUGAGACGGAUACGCAGGCCAGCUCAGGGGAUCUGAGCCGGUCUUCGUCUCUUGAGAAAUGGGGCUGGAUCAUGUUCGAAUGUGGCAUCGAGAACCUCACAGUCAAAGGGGGACGCCAGUCAGGAGCCAUUCUUUACAAUGCAUUUGGUGUGAUGGGCCAAUCAGACACUGUUGGGAAGACGGGAAUAUCGAAGUCCAAUGGUUCGACAGGCUCGCAGACAGGAAGUGGUUACAGCACUGAUGUCUCUGAUGACAACCUCACCCAUGAUCCUCUGAGCCCUGCUUCUGAUCUCAAUGAACACUCGGACUCAGACGACCAAGAUGAAGGGGUGGAGUCAGAUGACCUGAAGAAAGACCUCCCCCUCAUGCCCCCACCACCUGACUCCAGCAGCAUGAAGUUGACCAUCAGAGAGAUCUGGUUCAGUUUUGCUGCUCCCACUAACGUGCGUUCACCGUCACAGGCCAUCUCCAGGCAGUUGAACCUGCUCAGCACAGCCACACCUGCCAUUGGAGCUUGGUUGGUUCCUAUCGAUCAGCUGAAAUCUUCUCUACGCAAGCUGGACAUGGAGGGCACGCUGCGCGUCUGUGCUGUUAUGGGCUGCAUCAUGACAGAGGCUCUGGAGAAAAAGAGCAUUCACAUCCCGAUCCGGAGCAAGUACAACCGUGUGACAAAACGAGCUCGCUACCUACAUGAGAAUCCCUCCUGUAUGCUUUGUAAUAUUCUGCACCGCUAUCUGCAACAGGCUGACUAUUCUGUCAUCGAGGAGGCCACCAUGAAUGACGGAGUCCCAGCCCUUGUGACUCUAAAGAAAGGCCUGGUGGCUUUGGCCCGACAGUGGAUGAAAUUCAUUGUGGUAACUCAGGGCUUCAAGGCCAUCGGUCUGAUUAGGCCCAAUAAUCUGCCCAAACCCAAAGACCCUCAUCAGAGCCUGAGGGACCCAGUACUGGGCCUGGACAACGGAGCUGCACUGCAGAGUGACACCAGCGCUGACGGAGCUGAAUUUGAAUAUGACGCAGCCACAGUGAGUGAACACACCAUGUUGCUGGAGGGAGCUUGCAGUCGUCCCCCACCUAAAGAAGCCAACUCUGGUCCUGUCAGCGGCGUGGAGAUCAUGAGGAAACUCUCCAAGUCCCACACGCACAGCGAGUCUGCACUCAGGAUUAAGGGCUCCCAUCCAUACCAGUCACUAAGCUACACCAGUGGCGACACAGCGGCUGACUCACCUGCCCACGUGAGCCGUGCAGGUCUGCCAGUGAAGGACAGCCCCAGGAAGGAGAGUCUCCUGAGCAACCUGACGGGCAGCUUUCGUAGUCUGCACAACCUGCUGGAGGGAACGCCUCAGAGGAGCGAACCGUCUGCUGCUGCUGCUGCUGCUGCUGCUGCUACUGCUGCUGCAGCCAAGAGCAGCUCCCUCACUCACACAGGGACAGAGAUGUUAACAGAGCACCCGCUGCUGUCGGAGCCCUCCUCCGUCAGUUUCUAUAACUGGAUGUCCAAUGCUGUGGGCAACAGGACAGGAGCUGGAAACCAGGAGUCUCCGGUCAACCAAUCCCAGCACAACAGCCUGCAGACAGACCCACUGGAGUCUCCCGACAGUUACUGCCUUUAUCAACCUCUGGCUACAACCAGCACAGGAGGAGGUGGGACGUGUAACCUGCCCACAAUUCCCUCAGCUUCAGACUUUAACACAGUGCUGUCCAGUGACCAGAACACCCUGGACGGGACCCACUCCCAGCACAGCACGAGCCAGGAUGACAUCGCCGACAUUGAGGAGGGCAACCAGUGUCCGGCUGCUGUUCAACUGGCUGAUGCUCAGGUUGUUUUCAAACCUUUGCUGAGCUACACAGGCAUCCAGGCUCAAGACACCACUCCACUUAGUUACAGGAUGUAUUUUGGAGAGCACCUGUCUUUUUCUGGUAACCUUGAGUGUCUAAGAGCAGACAUCGUCGACUCUGACACCGCCAAGGAGCGCAAAAACAAAAGAUCCAAGAGACAAGGCAUGGUGAACCUCCCUCCACUGGAGUUCAAGCCAGCGCUGCUGAUCGAGACCUUCAGCUUGAACGCGGUGGUGAUGGAGAAGUCGACCAGUGCUCCACAGGGCCCCACUGCAGUGCCGCUCUCCUUCCACGACCUCAGCCGCCGCCAUUACAACACGUUCCACUGUGAUUUCACCACAGCCUGCCAGGCCAUCAGCCAGCGUGUGGACAUGGCCCUGGUUCGCCUCAUCCACCAGUUCAGCACUAUGAUCGAUGACAUCAAGGCCACGCAGACUGACAUCAAGCUGAGUCGCUACACUGCUGGCUCAGCUUCCCCGACACCCACCUUCAAGGCUCGGCCGUACCGCCACUUCAGGUCGUCAGAUUUCAGCCGCAGCUCCAGGGGAAGCCUGAACGGCGGCCGCAGUGCUACUCAGACUCUGAAGAGCAAGAGAGGUGCAGUGGGAGCAGGAGCAGGAGUUUCUGGGGGAUUGCCAUCAAACGGACCUCCUUCAGGCAUGGACACGCUCGGGAGGAGGGAGCCCCGAGGACGCAGCUCCCUCGGACGCUCAGAGCGUCGCACCUCCAAGGUGUCGAGGAAAGGCUCUCGAGACGUGGCGGACCACAUGGCGAUCCAGAUGGAUGACUCUGACUCCAUCACAGUGUCGGAGCAGAGUGAGCCGUCAGCAGAAUGUUGGCAGAACAUGUACAAGCUUCUUAAUUUCUACUCUCUCAUCUCCGAUCCCACUGGCAUCCUGGAGAAAAGCUCCCCGGAGAACUGCCUUUCAGAAGGUGGACUUCGGCCCUCGGAGCCUCUGUGCAAAGUGAUCUUUGAGAAUGAGCAGCAGGAACCCACCACGCCCAACAAACCCCUGAGUUCAGGCGGAAGGCGGCGCAGCCUGGUGAACUCCGAGCCACAGCACGUCACGCUCAUUGUGUUCGGCAUCGGCAUGGUGAACCGCACUCAUCUGGAGGCUGACAUCGGCGGCCUGACCAUGGAGGCCGAGCUCAAGAAGAUCCAUGGAAGUUUCACUCUGAAGGAGAAGAUGAAAGAUAUCCUGCACCAGAAAAUGACUGAGACAUGUGCGUCAGCUCAUAUUGGAGGGGUGAACAUUGUCCUCCUGGAGGGAAUAACGCCCGAUAUCCAGCUGGAGGAUUUCCCAACAUCUCCCACCAGCACAGCUAAACAAGAGUUUCUAACUGUGGUCAAAUGCAACAUCGCAAAGUCCCAGGCGUUGUACAGUGCCCAACGUGGACUGAAGACCAAUAAUGCCGCUGUCUUCAAAGUCGGAGCCAUCAUUAUCAACAUCCCCCAACACCCGGCUACUUUACAUGGCAUGAUGGUCCGCAGCUCCCACCAGCUCUCCAAACAGAUCUCUGACCUCAUUCGCCAACCCUCCAACAUUCAGCCUCCGAACAGAGAGGACACCCCCACCCCACAGCCCUCCGACAAAGCGUCCAGCAUCAAUCAGACUCCCGUAGAGGCCAACGAGUUCCCGCAGCUUCCCGAAGGCCUGGAGAAGAAGCCCAUUGUCCUGAAGUUCAGUGCCAUGAUGGAUGGCAUCACCAUUGGGGCUGCUCUUCUGCCCUCACUGAAGGCUGAAUAUAAAAUGGGUCGAAUGAAGAGUCAUGGCAUGACAGGGGCACAAACCAGUUUCACCUUUGAGUUGCCAAACCACAAGCUUUGCUUCCAGUCCAAAGUGUCUCCAGUGGACAUGUCUGCCAUGCCACCAUCAGCCAGCCUCACCCUGCCUCCAGUCACCAUGUCAGGAGAGUAUAUCAUGGAGGAGCACGAGAGCCACUCGGACCAGGGCUGGGGACAGGACGACUUCCCUGCCAAGCAAGGCAACUACCUGCAAGGCAACUACCUGCGCUGUGUGGCUGAGAUUGGUUCAUUUGAGCACAACCUGACCACAGACCUGCUCAACCACCUGGUCUUUCUGCAGAAGGUUUUCAUGAAGGAGGUCAAUGAAGUUAUUCAGAAGGUGUCAGGAGGAGAACAACCCAUUCCACUUUGGAACGAGCAUGACACCUCAACUGAUGCAGACAAGCCAAAAAUCCUGCUUUAUUCACUCAGCCUCAUGUUCAAGGGAAUCCAGAUGACAGCAACGACUCCCUCUAUGCGAGCUGUGCGCUUUGAGACGGGCCUGAUAGAACUGGAGCUCUCCAACAGGAUCCAGUGCAAGGCGCAGCCCGGCAGCAGCAGUUACCUCAAACUGUUUGGCAAAUGUCAAGUUGACCUCCACCUGGCCCUCGGACAGAUCGUCAAACACCAGGUGUACGAAGAAGCUGGCUCAGACUUCCACCAGGUGGCAUACUUCCGAACUCGGAUUGGUCUCCGGAAUGCUCUGCAGGAGGAGAUCAGUGGCUCCUCAGACAAAGAGGCUGUCCUCAUCACGCUCAACAGACCAAUUGUUUUUGCCCAACCGGUGGCUUUUGACAGAGCUGUUCUCUUUUGGCUAAAUUACAAGGCAGCGUAUGAUAACUGGAACGAGCAGCGCUUGGCCCUCAACAAGGACAUCCACGUGGCUACUAAAGAGGUGGUGGACAAACUACCGGGCAUCCAGCAGACCUCAGCUCAGGCCUUCAGCACACUUUUCCUGCAACUGACUGUCGACGACCUGGGCAUCUGCCUGCCAAUCACCAGCACAUCACAGAGAGGACAAGCACCAGCUACGGAGGGCACCAACUCUGAAGCUGGGGCCAGCACAUCAGUAGGCCGCCAUAAAAAUGCAAGAAAAGCCAAUCACAGCAUAGACUUUGACACCGGCUCAGCUCUGGUCCUGACCAUUGAGAGCACGCUGAUCACAGCCUGCUCCUCUGAGUCGCUGGUGAGCAAAGGUCACUUCAAGAACUUCUGCAUCCGCUUCGCUGAGGGCUUCGAGACGACCUGGGACGACUGGAAGCCUGAAAUCCGAGGGGAUUUGGUCAUGAACGCAUGUGUAGUCCCUGAUGGUACAUAUGAAGUGUGCUCCAGGACUACAGGGCAAGCCUCCGCAGAGAGCAGUAGUGCCGGCACCUGGACUCUCAAUGUGCUUUGGAAAAUGUGUGGCAUUGACGUCCACAUGGAUCCCAACAUCGGCAAACGCCUCAACGCUCUUGGCAACACCCUGACGUCACUGACGGGCGAGGAGGACGUAGACGAUAUCGCCGACCUCAACUCUGUCAACAUGGAGGACCUUUCAGACGAAGACGAGGCCGACACCAUGUCGCCCACCAUCCACAUGAGUCCAGAGUGCCAGUUCAGCCCUCGGCUGACCUUAAAGAAGCGCCUGGUAAACCACAUCCUGGGCCUCAGCCCCAGGCCUCAGAGUGUGUCUGUCCCACCCGACUGCUCAAACUGCCCCUCGCCUGGCCCGCGAGCGGGCAGUGCCAGAGCCCAAAGACCGGUCUCCUGGGCCUGUGAGACCAUUGACCCCAGAAGGCAAGUCUUGAUGGGGAACCAGGUGAUUGAUGCCAGAGGGAGGAAAUUCACCAAGAGGGUGGUGGACAUCAGAGAGCUGAACGAGCAGGCCAAGGUCAUCGAUGACCUCAAGAAGUUGGGGGCCAGUGAAGGCACCAUCAACCAGGAGAUCCAGCGCUAUCAGCAGCUGGAGUCAGUCGCCGUCAACGACAUCAGAAGAGACGUGAGAAAGAAACUGCGUCGCUCCAGCAUGAGGGCGGCCUCUCUAAAGGAUAAGUGGGGUCUUGGCUACAAACCAAGCUAUAACCGCUCUAAAAGCAUCUCGGCACCCACAGGCAGGCCACCUCUUAAAAGGAUGGACAGACAAAGUUCCAGAUUGGGGGAUGUGGAUGAUUUACCAGAUGUCCGUGUGGUUGCUUCUUCUCCUGGCCCCCGGGUCACCUUCAACAUCCAGGACACGCUAAAUAAUCAGGCCCUGGACUCUGCACAUGCACCUCUCAGUCCAGGAGAGAUAUUCAAGUUUCCUGAGGAGACACAGGCGGACCUGUUGUCAGCCUACACUGACGACCCAUCUCAUCCUCAUCAUCAAUUUCAUCCUCAUUCUCCAUCCGUUGUUGAGGGCCAACACUCCGAUUUCAGUGCCCCUUGCACCCCUGCUGUCUUCUCACCCGCACUUCCCUUCCAGCACGAUGACAUGAGGCGCGAUGACUUAUCCUCGUCUUCCUCUGAAGACUCGGAGAAGGAGGAUGACUUUGAACGCGAGAGACCACUGAGCUACAGAAGGCCUUUCCAAAUGUCUCACAAAAAGCCCUCAGGCUUCUCUGCUGUGAGUCAGCUGUUCAGUGAGCGCUGGCCAAGCACACCUGCCAGCCGCAGCUUCAGUGGCCCCGGUACUGAAAGAAACAUCGACUUUGAGUUGGACAUCCGCGUGGAGAUCGACAGUGGGAAGUGUGUCCUUCACCCCACUACUCAGCAACCUGAGCAUGAGGACGUUUCUUUAAGGAGGAGCUGUGAGCGCAGCCUCAAGAGUCUCGAUCAGGAAUCUCCCCCCAAGAAGAAGAAGCUGCAGCCCACCUACACCUCCACCACUCAUCUCUUAGCUGGGAAGAAAUGUCCCUUCUCCCUGCAGACCAAAUCUAAUGACAUGGAAACCACAGUCUUCUACAUUCCAGGAGUAGAUGUUAAGUUGCACUACAACUCCAAGACCCUGAAGACAGAGUCUCCCAAUGCCUCGCGUGGAUCGUCGCUCCCCCGCACGCUCUCCAAAGAGUCGAAGCUGUAUGGUAUGAAAGAUAGUGGCCCUCCCAAUCCUCCCAAUGCUGUCCAAAGCAAGACUAACUCGCUCCUACCUCCCCCACCCCCACCUAUUCCAUCAGCCAAAGGUAAGGGCAGCGGAGGGGUAAAGACAGCCAAGCUGUAUGCCUGGGUGGCACUACAGACUCUGCCUGAGGAAAUGGUCAUCAGCCCCUGUCUGCUGGACUUCCUGGAAAAAGCACUGGAGACCAUUCCUAUCACUCCUGUGGAGAGGAGCUAUGCAGCUGUAGCCUCCCAGGAAGAGGACAUGGGUCAGUUUGAUGCAGUGGAGCAGCUGGAGGAAUCCACCACCUCCCUGGUUUCCUCUUCUACAUCAGCCUACUCCUCCUUCCCUGUGGACGUGGUUGUCUAUGUCAGAGUCCAGCCGUCUCAGAUCCGUUUCAGCUGCCUGCCCAUGUCCAGGGUGGAAUGUAUGCUUAAACUGCCUUCUUUAGACCUCGUCUUCUCCUCUAACCGUGGUGAACUGGAGACUCCACCAUUAGCCCACCCCACUGAAGGUUCACAGCCGCCUUCCUCCACCCCACCGGGGCAGCAUGUCCCCAAAAUUCCACCCAGCAAAGCGUCUCCAUUGCUGGGGAGCCCUCUGGGCAGGAGCCGCCACAGCAGCAGCCAGUCCGACCUCACCGGUCCCCCGAGUAACUCCUCGGGCCUCAGCUUUACUGCCUGCAUGUCUGACUUCUCCCUCUUCGUCUUUCACCCCUAUGGUGCCGGAAAGCAGAAGUCUGCAGUCACAGGGUUGCCCCCAGGCCCAGGGCCCUUAGGUACAGUUGAUGAGGAGCCGUCCUCUGUAACCGGCAGAAAAGACUCUCUGAGUAUCAACCUGGAGUUUGUAAAGGUCAGCUUAUCCAGGAUGAGGCGAACCGGAGGCCCCACGUUCAUCGAAAACUUCAUUCCUGCCAAAGGCGGCAAAAUAGACACCACCCUUAUCAACAUCUCAGCUGUGUGUGAUAUUGGCUCGGCUUCCUUCAAGUACGACAUGAGACGACUGAGUGAGAUCCUGGCCUUCCCCAGAGCCUGGUACCGGCGAAGUAUUGCCAGACGCCUUUUCCUUGGAGACCAGACAAUCAACCUGCCAGCCUCUGGCCCGGCCACACCCGACUCCGCCGAGAACGUCGCCCAGCAUCUGUCCCCGGAGUCCAGCCGCAAAGCUUACUGGAGGACGUGGGACGGCAGCACUGGGACGCAGCAUAUCCCCCAGUCCCCCAACGUCUUUUCAGAUCAUUCCAGUGGAAUCAACAUGUCCCCAGGCGGCCUGGGCCACCUCAAGUCCCCCACUCCUGGUCGCACACGAAGCGUGUCUGAUUCCUCCGCUCCCAGGAGAGAUUCUGUGACAAAAACAUCCACUCCGUCCUUCAGUAAAAACGGUAAAGCAGCAGGCCAACAGGGGGCGCCGUGGGAGACAUUGGUGGUGUUUGCCAUCAACUUGAAACAACUCACUGUUCAAAUGAACAUGAGCAACGUGAUGGGAAACAACACCUGGACGACCAGCGGGCUCAAGAGUCAGGGCCGACUCUCUGUUGGCAGCAACCGAGACCGGGAAAUCAGCAUGUCCGUCGGCCUCGGACGCUCCAAGCUCGACUCCAAGGGCGGGGUGGUGGGUGGCAAUAUAGACGUGAACACCCUGGAGAUGGUCUCCCACAUCUCAGAACACCCAAACCAGCAACCCAGCCAUAAGAUCCAGAUCACCAUGGGCUCGACAGAGGCGCGGGUGGACUACAUGGGCUCCAGUAUCCUGAUGGGAGUGUUCAGUAACGCCGACCUGCAGCUGCAGGACGAGUGGAAGGUCAACCUGUGCGCUGUCGACACCAGCCUCUCAGAGAAGAGUGAGAUCUUUGUCCAUGGAGACUUGCAGUGGGACAUUUUCCAGGUGAUCAUUUCACGCUCUACCACACCAGACCUCAUCAAGAUCGGCAUGAAGCUGCAAGAGUUUUUCACUCAGCAGUUCGACACCAGCAAGCGAGCCCUUUCCACCUGGGGCCCCGGGCCCUACCUGCCCCCUAAAACCCCUGUCAUCAACACUGAGAAAGGAGCUGCCGAGCUGUACAUGGAUGCGGCCCAUCACCGUCACUGGCCCGGAGUGCUGAAGGUAAUCGCCGGCUGCCACAUCUCCCUCUUCCAGAUGCCUCUGCCUGAGGACGCUGUGCAGUUGGGCGGUUCGAUGAGCCUCCACGGCAAUCACAUGACCCUGGCCUGUUUCCACGGCCCAAACUUCCGCUCCAAAUCAUGGGCUCUGUUCCACCUGGAGGAGCCGAACAUUGCCUUCUGGACCGAGGCUCAGAAGAUCUGGGAGGAUGGCUCGGAGGAGGUUUCUACCUACAUUGUUCAGAGACUGGAUUUCCAUCUUGGUCACAACACUAUGGUCACAAAACCAUGUGGUGCACUCGAGAGCCCGAUGGCCACCAUCACCAAAAUAACCCGCAGACGACAUGAAAACCCUCCGCCGGGUGUAGCUACUGUAAAAGAAUGGUUCAACUAUGUUACUGCCAUGAGGAACGAAGAGCUGAACUUGCUCAGGAACGUGGAAGCCAACAACCAAGAGAGCGGAGUGGCUGCCAAAAGCUCCAGCCUGCUGAGCAGCUUCCGCAGUUCCUCCAGCUACAACCACGAGACAGAGACUAUAUUUGCCCUUCCCAGAAUGCAACUGGACUUUAAGUCCACCCAUGUCCAAGAUCCAGAUGAACCUUCUCUUACAGACUCCAACAGCAAACCCAAGGUGGAGUGCAGUGUUGUGACAGAAUUCACCGACCACAUCUGUGUCACUAUGGACGCUGAGCUCAUCAUGUUCCUCCAUGACCUGGUGUCAGCUUACCUGAAGGAGAAAGAGAAAGCCCUCUUUGCCCCACGGAUGUUUGCCACUCGACCGGGCCAGAAGAGCCCCACGGCAGUGCACGACGACAGCGCCACAGACAAGGACAAGGAUGAAGGCAUCAACUACACCACAGUGGACUGGAGAGAGUUCCUGUGCAACACCUGGCACUUGGAACCCACUCUCAGACUCAUCUCCUGGACCGGGCGUAAGAUUGACCCAGUGGGUGUGGACUACAUCCUGCAGAAGCUUGGCUUCCACCAUGCCAGGACUACAAUUCCCAAGUGGCUGCAGAGAGGAGUCAUGGACCCGCUGGACAAGGUGCUGUCCGUGCUCAUCAAGAAGCUGGGCACGGCCCUGCAGGACGAGAAGGAGAGGAGGGGCCGCGACAAAGAGGAGCACUGAGGAAACGCUCCGUAUAACCACUGAACUCAAAGCUGUGCACACUGUACAUUCACACUGUACAUUCACACUGUACAUUCACACUGUACAUUCACUGGAAUACAACACACCAACAAAAACAAGCCCAUUUGAACUGCUCCACCCUGUGAAUUUCAGUAGACUUGUUUACUGUGGUGCAUGCCACCAGUGACUCCAGCUGAAGCACUUUGCACCCGUCAUUUUUCUGUAUAUUUUGAACAAAGUAGCAAAUGUUAGUAUUGUUUGACGGCUUUAAUGGUUACAAAAACACCUGCCUCUUUUACCUGUUGUACAUGACCUUACUGAAAUCGCUUGAAAGUUUAUUUAAAGGCUUACCAAUAUUUCAUGAGAAAUGAUUUCUUAAACCAUUGCCUUUUCUUUGUUUCCCAUGGAACACAUGGUAGAUUAUGCUUGAUGUACUUUUACAGUGUGUGGGUUUUUUUAGGAGAAUCUCUUGGCAUGAAUGAAAUUUAAUCAUCAUAAUUAUGUUUUCUUCAGUGAGACUAAAAGCUCUUUAAAUCUAAUCAUGUUUCUACAGAAGCCUGGAACAGACAAACUACUGACUGUAGACGGGGAUUUUUGUGUUUUCACUUUUACUGAACGCCACACACUUUGGUGAGAUGAGGGUUAAUCAUGUGACGAGCUGCCACCAAAUCUCCCACACACACUGGCCCUUUAACACCUGGAGAACAGUGUGUUGACAGGAUUUUUUUUAAAUUUUAUUUAAUUACAUUUUUUGAGGUGAACAAAUAAAUACAGGGAGGUUUGAGAUCAUGACGUUGACAUGAACUUGUAAUCGCUUGGUGCGUCAAGCUUAUUUUUGUCUUUUUUUAAUCCAUACAGUAGAACCAAUGUAUAUAAUUGAAUUUCUUAAAUGUGUUGAUUUCCUAACUUAAUAAAAAAAAACAAUAAUUGUCA